AAAUUUUAAUUUACUUUAAAUUAAUUGGGGAUACUAAACCCCAACUUUACGUUUCACUAUGAGAUGUAAUUUCUCCUUUAUUGUGAUAAAUGUUUUCACGUAACCGUUUCAAUAUAUAUGUCAUUCCGGCCGGAGUUACCAUAGAGUGUCGUGUGUAAAUACACUUGCCAGUGUGGCCGUAUAGUAGAGAAUAUAGUUUUGUAGGAAGUUAUUGCUAGUACUAGCUCCCUCUGUAGUCUAUCCACUGGAAGCAUUCACGAGUUCGCAUACGAAAGACGAAGAAAAUUGGUAGCGCCUGCGCUCGAUUCGUUAUCAGCCUGCGGGUUGAGACACACAACGCUCCUUGCCUUUGUAUGCUUUAGAGCGGGAUAUAAAAUUGGGUUGGUUGCCUGCUUAUCGGGGGGGUGGUCGGAAAAAAAACGUGACGACGUACCUAUUUUCCAUUACGAUUGUGUGUGAAAAACAGCCAUCAGUCAACAACCGAAACUUGAACAGUGCAGUCGAAAAGAGGUCCGCUCGAAAAGAGCUGUUACUACUAAGAUAUAGCGAGAAAGAGGGAUAGAAAUAGAGUGAGAGAGAGAGGGAAAGAGAGAGAAAGGAGGAAAAGAUGAGGAAUUCUGCUGGGUUUUGAGCUAAUGUGAAAAUUUCGGUUUCAUAUGCCUCACCUAACUUUUGGGGCUGGUGCAAUUUGGUGAAAACCGUAAAUCAUGUGUCAGGAGCGCAAUAUUUGUAGGCAAGCAAGAACACGGUUGUUCAUGUUGAUGUGCCCUGUAAAUCUCCAGCAGCUCUACACUCAAGCUUAAGGUAUAACAGUCUUCCUGCACAUAUUACCUUAUACCUCGGACAACGAGCAGAAUCAUCCCAUGUGGUAUUAUCAAGUGUACACGGCAUAGAUGCUUCUUCAGCUAAAUUUAGCGACCGUUCAGCAGAACCGACGCACGGCACUGUGGAUCUAGCAGGAGGCGCCUAUCAUCCCGUAUAUUAGGCAGCUUCUUUGUGGAAGAUUUGCCAUCCUUGCCGCAUAUUUGACGUCAGCAGAAGCCCGUUAGAUCUCACGUUACAAUGGCCGAACAGCAGCAACGUGACUCGCUAUGUCCGCGAUUGAUCGACUAUCUGGCAAUUGUUGGGGCUCGCACAACGCAUGUGACGCGCUCCGGGACUGGUAACGUAGUGUCUGCUUCUGGUUCUGCCAGUCAAUCGUCGGUGCAGCUACCGGAGCUAUUGCGACGUUACCCACCCAUGGACCAUGAUGAUUUCCCGCUGCCGCUGGACAUGGUGUACUUCUGUCAGCCGGAAGGAUGCGUCAGUGUUGGUUCCCGGCGGACAGGAUCAGCUAUAAGGGAUACAACAUCCUUUGUGUUCACCCUCACCGAUAAGGAUUCGGGCAAAACGCGGUACGGUAUCUGUGUGAACUUUUAUCGUCCGAUCGAAAAAUCGUUGCCGCGCGUUAGUGUCGGUUCCGGCACGGCAAAUAGUAAACAGCCACCGAACUCCUCACUGCGCCGUGAGUCGUGGCGCAAAAGCAUGGAGAAGAGUUCCGAUUCUGCCUUUUCUAGUGACUAUCGGAGCAGCAAUAUAGCACCGAGCGACUCAUCCGACCGGGAUUGCCCCAGCAGACGUGACUCGGAUCCACCGAAUGCGAGCACCAACUAUGGAACUACCCAUCAAUCACUGUUGGGAGUGGUCGGUCCAUCCGGGGACUCCGAAUCCGGUGGUAGCCAUUCUCCCUCGCCACGCGCCUCCCGAAAGCGAUCGAAAAUUCGUAACCAUUCCCUGACAUCACUGUGCAUUCUCUCCCAUCAUCCAUUCUUAACGAUAUUUCGCGAAUGUCUGUUCAUACUGAAACGGCUAAUCGAUGCCUGUAAUGAUUCGUGCAGCCCGAAACGUGUUGGUGCUGCACGGCCAUCGGUGCGCGAUAGUGUCUGGAACGUGCUUACUAACCAGGCAUCGGAGUCGACCAGCUCGGUCAUACUGCACGAUGUACAGGAGAUCGAAACCUGGAUCUUGCGGCUACUGUCCGCGCCGGUACCGGUGCCCGGUUCAACGCGCGUCGAGGUAGACGUGCUGUCCGCUGCACUCUAUCAACCGCUCGUGUUUGCCCUUCCAGACCACACACGCUUUACGCUGGUCGACUUUCCGCUUCAUCUGCCGCUGGAACUGUUGGGUGUCGAUACCUGUCUGCGGGUACUGACGCUAAUACUGCUAGAGCACAAGGUCAUCAUACAGUCGCGUAACUAUAACGCACUUUCCAUGUCCGUAAUGGCGUUCGUGCAUCUGAUCUACCCAUUAGAGUACAUGUUCCCGGUGAUUCCACUAUUGCCAACAUGUAUGGGAAGCGCUGAGCAGUUGUUGCUUGCACCCACGCCUUACAUUAUCGGGCUACCGGCGACCUUUUUGAUGUACAAGAAAAACUUUCGCUUACCGGACGACAUUUGGCUCGUUGAUCUAGACUCGAACAAGCUCACACCGGCUUCUGGUGAGAUGGAGGCAAUACCAAUGUUGCCGGAACCAGAAGGCGGUAUACUGAAGAAUCACUUGAAACAGGCUCUCAACUCGAUGACUUCCGGGAAUCAGGCAUCAUCGAUGCCGAAUCGUCCGCCCGCUGCUAACGGGCGAGACAGCUUCAAUAGUACGAACGCUACUACUGGUUUAGCACUGCAGGCACCGCAGUCGUCCGGAUCGCAUGGUUCUAAUCAUGGUGGCGUGUCGUCCACUGGUACCGCACCUUUGACUGGUCCGUCCGGCCCUACAGUUGCUUCCCAACAGCCAAGUCCCGUCGGUCAACCAUCCGCUGCAAAUCCACUGAUUUUUGGUGCGGACGUCGAUUCGGUCGAUGUGGCGACACGUGUUGCAAUGGUGCGGUUCUUCAAUUCGCAAAACACACUCGCCAACUUCACCGAGCACACGCGCAUACUGCGACUAUAUCCACGGCCAGUUGUCGCCUUUCAGAUUAAUAGUUUUCUGCGUUCGCGACCCCGUACGUCUGCCUUUUUGAAUCGCUUCGCCCGUACUCAAGCUGUUGAGUGGUUAGCCGAAUGGUCACUGACGCCCUCGAACGUAGCGUUUCUUCGCGUGCAGACGGGUGUAUUGGAUCCGGCGCAAGUCGGCGAUAAGCCGAAAUGGUACGCACACGCCCUCAACCCGAUUCGCUUCCAGGUGUGGGACGAGGGUAGUUCGCUCAGUGUCGCACUCAAGCGUAUGUUGCGGCUCGAGAGUCAACCAACGGAUGAGAGUGGUUCCGACUCGGACGGUGCGGACAGCACUAGCUCAUCGUACUCGUCGCUAAGUGACUUUGUGUCCGAGAUCGUAUCAUCGGAUCUGUCGCCGAGUCUGCACGAGGUGUACGCUAACCAGCACCAUCAUCAUCAUCAUGUCGCACCGAAGAACCUGUCAUCGAAUCUAGACCCACAUCUUGUAUAUCGACCGCCCAGCUCGUUACGCUUCCCGGAAGGAAUGCAACCGCAACCGAGAGAACCGAGCGGUACGGAGCAACCGGACUCAGCCGAAUCGACAUCUUCCAGCCAGUCUGACCUUAGCUCGCCCAGCUUCAAUCGGGAUUCGGAGUUUGAAUUUAACCCCAAGACACGCAACGAGGUACAUCUGGUGGUAAAGCCAGAGCGUGAGCAUGGUAGCUUUGAGAACGAAUCUGACUCCAACUCAACCACAACUCCGAAGACAAUCGUAUCGAAGGAUAGUGGAGGUUCGCACGAAGCAGUCGCCGGAGCCAAACGUAGCGGAAAGUUGUGUAAGAUACCACCACCCAUAUCGCCUAACUUUGGACGACAGCAGAGCGGAGCAAAUCUGUUGGCACGCACAUCCAGCUCCGGCUCGACCGGUUCUGGCAGCCAUCCACCAUCGCUUGGAUCGGCCGGAUCACAGCGCCAGAGCUCGCAAGGCUCACUGUUCGAGGUGCUGACGACACAGGCGAAGGAGCUCGUUAGGGAAACGACCCGACAGAGCAGCCAGGACGGUCUGUUGGCUCAGAUGGAUAAGUUCAAAGUGCAGGCGAAGGAAAUUGAAGAAGAUCUCAAGAUUCUAGCUCCCCUUGAGCAGCUUACGUUACAGGCAAAGAAAGCCGCCGAAGAGGCUUCGAAACAGGCUCUCGAAGCAUCGAAGCAGGCGGCUGGAGUCAGCAAGAAUACGAUCGAGGAUCUAACGUACGUCGGCAAAUCCACCAUUGGGGAUCUCACCAAAUCGGCAAAAGAGGUGGCAGCGAAGAAGGGAUUACUGCAGCAGGGUACCGGACCCUACUCCGGUCCGCAGUCGUUAAAUUCGCCGACUUCCAAUACGGUGGCCACCACUAAUCAGUCACUGUUUUCGUCGAUCACGAGCGAUUUUAACGGCAUCGCCCAAUCGACAUCCUCCAUGUUCUCCGAUCUAUUCGGUAGUAAGCAGAAAAACCAACAACAGCAGCAGCAACAUCAGCAACAUCAGCAGCAUCAACAGCAACACCAUCAACAGCAGGGCGGUGACACACAGCGUGCUACCAGCAUGCUACAGCAGCAGCAGAUCAAAAUGAAGGAAAAGUUAUCGUUCGAUCCAUUCCCGGGUCGGAAGGGGUUGGUGGAGCGCAAUCCGCUUAUUAAACAUUCCGGUCCGAAGCAAACGAAGGAAGAGAUUCAGCGAAUACAGAACGCCGAGCGGUCGACAAGUAAUUCGGAAAAUCAAACCUUUCUUAAGGAUCUUGUAAAUCAGGUGCUGGCCGGUGAGGGUGUUGGAUGGUUGAAGCUGAACCGUCUCAAGAAGCUGAUGGAGGACGAAUCGUACCGUAUGCUUGUACUGGGGAAGCUCAAUAGGACGCUUGAGCGAAAAAUUGGACCUGAUGAUCAUAUAGACGAUGUGUGCAUAUCGAAAGCCGUGUACAAAGGUACGCUCAAGUGUUUGGUGGCAAUAACGCAUGGGUUGGAACACACGAUUGGAAACUUUGGGCUCGGUGGGAUGGCGUCCGUCUUUCAGAUGAUGGAAAUCGCACACACGCAUUACUGGAGCAAGGAUUUAACCGAAGGCGCAGGUUCAGAUAUGUCCGCCAGUUUACUCUCCAGUCAGAGUGUCAGUCCAAUGGGCAGUCGAGAGAAUCUUCGGUCGCCGCAAAGCCCUACGGAAUUGUCCGACUGGAUGUUGGGUGGUUCUCGCAAAAGCUCAAAUGCGACCACGGAUCAUGUUGCUCUAUCACGGCACCCGUCGGAGAACGAGCAGGAAAACCAGUCCACGUCGGAGAUGUUCAAGGAUAUGCUUUCGCUUAAACGUAACGUGUUGUUUAACAAGUUGACAUCGUUUGAUUCCGAGGGUAGCAUUGCGAUGCAAGAUUCAUCUGGGACAUUAUCUGUCGCUAGUGACGUUUUGCCGCAACAGCAAACCGGUGACUAUUUGGCCACCUCCAUUUCUUGCCGGUCGACUGUGUCGGAUACGGAAUAUGAGAAGUUUCCGAAAAGUUCCACCCUGAAGGAUGCGAAAAAGAUGGCGGGCGGUAUAUUCUCCGGCAAGUCAUCACUGAGUGCGGGUUUUCGCUACACCGGCGGUAGCCUUAUUCCCUCGUCCGGAUCACCAUCACCGGAUGCACCGCGGGUGUAUCUGUUCGAGGGUUUGUUGGGCAAGGAUCGGUCCAGCAUUUGGGAUCAGAUGCAGUUCUGGGAGGAUGCGUUCCUGGAUGCGGUGAGUCAGGAGCGGGACAUGAUCGGGAUGGAUCAGGGUCCGGGUGAGAUGAUGGAGCGUUACAAAGCGUUAUCCGAGUCCGAGCGCAAGCGGCUAGAGCACGAUGAGGAUCGUCUACUGUCAACGAUGCUCUACAAUCUAACCGCAAUUCUGGUUAUGCUGAAUGUGCACAAGCUGGAAAUAAAGAAGAAAGUUCGCCGAUUGCUUGGUAAAAGUCACAUCGGCUUCAUCUACUCGCAGGAAGUGAACUUACUGCUCGAUCAGAUCAAUAAUCUGCAUGGUAAUGAUAUCGAUCUGAAGCCACUUGGUUCCCGGUUACUGCAUCGGCAAAGUUUCACCGUGCAUCAGGGUAUCGAUGCAAGCGGAUCGCUCCGGUUUAUUGAGGUGCGUGAUGACGGACUGGUGUUGCGUUCGGUUAAUGGCAGCAUCACCGAACGAUGGUGGUUCGAACGGCUCGUUAACAUGACGUAUUCGCCGAAGACGAAGGUACUCUGUCUGUGGCAGCGUAACGGUGGCCAAACACAGCUACACAAGUACUAUACACGCAAGUGCAAGGAGUUGUAUAACUGCAUCAAGGAGUCGAUGGAACGCAGCGGUUGCGCUGGCCAGGCACCGGAGUUAGGAGGUGAGUUCCCGGUACAGGACAUGACCACCGGCGAGGGAGGUUUGCUGCAGGUGUGCCUUGAGGGCGUCGGACUGUUGUUUGCCAACAGCAAGUUCUUCAUCCGACUGAACCACAUACGGAAGUGUUUCACACAGAAGGGAGGAGUGUUCAUUUUGGAGGAAUACAAUCCUAAAACGAGACUUAUUAUUCAGCGUAAAUAUAAAUCUGCGAUGGCGGAUCAAAUAUGCUAUGCGGUGCUGUGCGUUUUCUCAUACAUUGCCGCCGGUCAGGAGCAGACAAAGCAACAGGGAUCUGUCACUGGGAAGGGAAUAUCAGCUGGGCCGCAGCACGUACAGGUCCCUAGCGCACAAGCAAACGUUGGACAGUCACCAUCGGUCAAAACUCUUCAGGUUCAGCCACAACAGCAGCAGCAACAGCAACAACAGCACCAACAACAAUCGCAAAAAAUUCAACAAAUUCAUCUGCCCCAACAAAGCUCACCAAAGUUAAAAACCGUCGUCGGUAAACCGAUCAGCCCCAAACAAUCGGCACCGACAGCGAUACAGCAGCCGGUACAGCAGCCACCGGCGCACCCACCGCCCACCUUUCAGUCGCAGCAACCACAGCAACCGAAUCAGCGAAAGCAUUCCAACACCUCCCAAGCGGAUGUAGCAACAGCGGACAAAGCAGCGUCGGUACCAAAACCACCAACAAUUCCAGCACGGCCGAAGGUCACCUCAUCCAGCUCCAUUUCUAGCAGCCCACCGUUAACCAAGGCACCGGUACUGGUGCCAAACCGGGGUCCACCACCAGCAAUUCCACCCCGCACUAGCCUUUCGCAGCGGUCCGAUUCGGUCAGCAGUACGUCCAGCCACCAGCAACCAUUGCAACGUCAGUACUCCGCCAUCGAACCUUCCGCCUCUGCCCGACAGUCGGGUGCAAAACCGUUUCCGUUUCGUUCGCUACAAAAACAAUCGACAGACGCUGGUGGUAAUGCAUCGUUGGAACAUUAAAGCCAGUAGAAUGCCAGUAAACACUGCAGAGAUGGACUCGAUGGACUAGCUGACCUGAAUGUAACGCUCGCAAAAUGCAACGCAAACCAUAAUACAACGAUUAAAACGUAAGCGAGCGACACAACCAGUUUAGAGAGGGAAGGGAAGAAGAGAGUAAACUAUCCACUGUGCGAAGCUCUAUGGUGCAAUUGAAUCUUUGGAGUAGAAAGAAAGAAAGAAAAACAAACACAGAUCUAUAUAAUUAAACAGAAACAAAAGUGUCGCGUGCUGUUAAAAAUAAGCUUUAAAUAAUACACAUCUUCAGGUAGGAUAACGAGCGGGUCUCGCUUCUAGGUGAAUUACGUUCAAUAGUUUCGUCUGUACGCGAUGGAUGCUUUCAUCAGCUGCAUAUGUUUAAGUGUUAAUGUUGUCGAUUACAUUUCCGUUUCCAGUUUUAUGAAAUGCUUUGUUUUUGUGCACAAAUGUUAAUAAGAGCGAUAAUAUAAUUUGCCUGAGGAACGCGAGGGAUGGGGGCAAUGUUAGCAUUAGUGUGAUAGUAGCCAUAGAAUGUACGAAGAUAAGGGAACUUCGGUCUGAACUAUACAUACACGUGCGCCUGUAUAUAUCACAGCCAGACAGCCAGCCGGUAGGAUAAAUUCGUAAUCGAUAAUUUCGCCUCAGGUUGAUAGCAAGAAAAGAAAACACCCCGGACAAAUACGUUCUACUAUUUAAAUGACGCAAAAUAUCGCCAAUGUAAAACCCAAUGGACCCCCCCGAAGAAGACACAUCAGUUUGCGUUUAUGUUAAAUCUCAAUAGCUUUAAAACAAUAUAUCAUCCGUGUGUGUGUGGCGUUAUGUAUCGAAAACUCGCCCCCCCGCACUAUAUUUAAACACUGUAAUCGUUCGCGGACGCAGACAUGUGUUCCCUCCCCCGCCCCGUAGACCCGUUACCUUCGACCCUAGCCGUAGUAGAUCCGCCAGUUGUGAUAGCAACCUGUACGCGUUAGCGACCACAAGAGCAAUACAUACUUUCAGGAGCGACAGAUGAAGCAAAUGGUAGGAAACUGAUAGAAACGGGAAGUGAAAAUCAACAAAAUAAAGGCAAUCCAAUGUAUUGGGAGUGCGUAGAAUCUGCCGCUUCCAGUGUAUGCAAA